AUGCCGACUCCAAACCCAGACUACCCACACCACAAACCAAAACCAAAACCAAAACACCACCAAAACUCCCGCCUCCGCACCCACGCCACCGCAGACGGCUGGUCAACCGUGACACGCACCCCAACCGCCCACCUCUCCGCGCGCGCUCUAUCUCAGAUCCAGGCUGCGCAUGCCCCGCGAGACUUAUCUCAGGGUGAUGACGUUGAUCGCUGGCUGUGCGCGGAUGUCAGUGUUGAUGUGCUGAAGGGGUUGUUUGGGGAGUUGAGAGCGGGGAGGGCGUGGAGGGAUUGGGUUGCGGGGUUGAGGCGGUGUUUAGGGAAGGCUUUGGGUGGGGAUGAGGGUGUAAAUGGAGAUGGGAUGAGGGUGGAGAGUGCAGUGUGUUUUGCGACGGGGAGUUUGAGUGCGGAGCGGGUAGGGUGGGAUGCGAGGGCGCGGCGGAGGGCGAUGUGGCAGGUUCUGCUGUUUGUCGAGAUUAUUGACAUCUGUUCGUCUCUCCUUCCCCGUCUUUCUCUUCUUUUCUUAUUUCACGGUCUUCGUGGUGGUGUGGAUCUGCAAUGCUAUGCUAACCAACGCCCCUCUACAAACACAGUACGCACCCACAACAUCCCACUCACACGCAUGUACGCUCAAGAACCUGACUACACUUCCGUAGACAUUGCCUUCCUACACAGUCUCGGCAUCACGGCGUGCCGGGACAAUACGGCGUUUGGCCAGGCUGGGCCAGCAUCGUUUGUGUAUGCGCCGUUCAUGGAGGCGGAGUUACUGGUGCGGAGAGUGCUUGUUCCGGCGAAUCCGGUGUUGUCAGUGCAUGUGGAUUUUCUCGAGGCGUUUGGGCGGUUGUGUGAGGUGCGGAUUGGGGAGGAGGGGAGCAAGGGGGAGUGGGAGGGGUUGAAUGUGGAUAUGGAGAGGUAUGGGCGGAUGAGGGAGAGGGAGAGGCUUGUGAGAUUUGAGGAGGAUGGGUUGGAGGGGUUGUGCAAGCCACAGAGUGAGAUGGGCAUGUCACUGGUCGUCAAUGCAAACGGGGGUGGAUCCUUGCGACGGAACAGAUGA